UAAACAUAUUUGAGUGCAGUAAAUAGUUGUUAAAUAAAAUAUAUAAAACAAUUGAUGGCGGAGGUGCACAUAAUUGGACAAAUACUGAAAGCUGUUGAUUUCGACGAGCCACAUUUGUACUGCAAGUGGAGUCUGCAGAGCGGCAACGCUUGGCGUUUGGUUCAGGGCGAGCUGCAGGGACAGACGCACGUUUCCAGCCAUCGCCUACAAAACAGCUCCGAUUUCGCUCAACCCCUGGACAUACAUUUGUGCACCGCUGCGAUUCAGGGUUGGCCGCGUCUCCUUGUCGAGGUCUACGCCGUGAACGUGCUCCAGCAGUGCUGGCCCGUCGGCUACGGAUUUGCGCAUAUGCCAUCAACACCCGGUGCUCAUCGCCUGGAGAUAAACACCUGGAAGAUUGCCCCAAACAGCUGGUGGCAGAGCAUCAAGGAACGUUUUGGUGGCGGCGGCGCAGCGCUGCAUAAAACCGAUUUACUGUACUCGGGAGUGGAGCGCUACAAACUGCUAACACGCAGCUCUGGCAAAAUAAUUGUCGAGCUGAGCUUGAUAUUUCGCAAAUUUGAGGAAUACGGCGUGGAAUUUAAAUAAUUAACAACCAUGUUAUGCUUAGGGCCAUUACUUAAACUGACUGC